GAAAAUGUGGGAGGAAAGAAAAAAAGAAAAUCCAGGGAUCUGAGUCAGCAGCGGGUCCGGUCUUCUGCUCCCCCUCAACUUCCGCGGAUCGACUUCAGCUCCGUUCAGCACAAACUCAACACUUUAUACUCAACUAUGAGCUCGAAGGGGUUGAGAUUACUAUAAAAAAGAGGCAUCUCUGGGAGGAAAAACAACUAACCGGAUCACAGAAGAGAGAAGAGGAAAGUUGAGCGGACCAUCCUGUGUCGUUGAGCUUCAUGUCUGUGCGAAUUUCAGCAAUGAGUGUUCUUCCUCCGGUACGGAGGGACCGUAUAAUCGCUCAGCUCCCUCAGUAUUUCAGGAAAGAGGCAGCUCUGCACACUAAGGAGGACUUCAACAAUAAAGUGAAGACUGCCUGCCAGGAGCAGCGUACCGGCACUGUGGGCAGAUUUAAAAUCUCUAAGGUGAUUGUGGUGGGUGACCUGGCUGUGGGGAAAACCUGUCUGAUUAAUAGAUUUUGCAAAGAUGCUUUUGAUAAGAACUACAAGGCAACGAUCGGUGUCGACUUUGAGAUGGAGCGGUUUGAGGUGUUGGGAGUUCCUUUCAGCCUCCAGCUGUGGGACACUGCGGGACAAGAGAGGUUCAAGUGCAUUGCUUCUACGUACUACAGAGGAGCCCAGGUUGUGAUCAUUGUGUUUGAUGUGAAUGAUGUUGCAUCUUUGGGCCAUGUGAGGCAGUGGCUGGAAGACGCCUUAAAAGAGAACGACCCCACCGCGGUUCAGUUGUUCCUCGUAGGCACGAAGAAAGACCUGAGCUCUCCUGCUCAGUAUUCUCAGAUCGAACAAGAUGCCCUCAAACUAGCACAAGAGAUCAGAGCCGAGUAUUGGGCUGUGUCUUCGCUGACAGGGGAAAACGUGAGCGAGUUUUUCUUCCGAGUUGCAUCGUUGGCUUUUGAGACUAAUGUUCUCGCUGAGUUGGAGAAAAGUGGAUCGAGGCAGAUUGGGGACGUUGUCAGGAUUAACAGCACUUCAAACAAUAUGAAUGCUGGAUCGAAGAAGAAACACCCUAACUGCUGUCAGUAAGGAUAUAAGCAGGAGUUUUAAGUCAAAGGUGCGGACUGAAAAUGAGGAUUUUUCUCAGUGGAAAAAGACUGUGGCUGCUCUCCAGCUCAUGGGAGGGAUUUUCUGUGGUCAGAGCAGGAGGAGGGACGCUGGAGUUUUACUUCCUGACAUCUUUGAGUUCAGUUUUUCCUGGCCUGGAACAAGUUUUUACUCUGUGGGAUGUGGAUUCUUGUGGUGUUGCUCAGUUGAACUUGUCUGGAGUUACAGGGUGACACAGAAAUGACACAGAAAUGCCUGUUCUGGUACUGCAGAGAUGCCAAAGAAUGACUGUUUUAUAUCAUGAUGUAUGUGUGGCUGCUUACUUUACUUAGGGCUUGAAUUAAAUAUUCUGUCUUGCUGCUGUAGUUUCUUUAACAAUUGAGACUUUUUCUUCACAAUAAUACUCUGGUUUAUGUUAAAGUCUGCAGUUUUAAAUGUUUAUACUCUUACAGGUUCCCAACCUUUCUGUGAGCAAAUAGAUUUUGUAGUAAAAUAUUUUAGGAAAAUCGGAAAAAAUAAACAGAAUUUUGUGUAGCGGGAAUGUUUUUUUUCUUACCUGUUAAUCAUCACCCGACCCCCCCCAGAUUUGUGGGGCCCCGACCUCCAGGUGGGAACUGUUGUUGUAGAUGCAGACUGGGAAAUGUUAAUAAUGCUUCAUAGGUACUUUUUGCUGUUUGUUUACAGUCAAAUCAAUGAAUGAAUUUGGAUUUCAUAUCAAAAACUUUACCGUACGAUUAUCUUAUCAUUUAUUUUCUUUAAAAUAUACCAUGGUAUGUUUUACAUGUAAUAAAAAUAUUUAAAAAGAGAAAAAAAGUGUUUUGAAAAUAACAAGAACAGUAUGUAUGCAUGUAUUCAAGAACAGUUAAGUUGAAUUCACAGUAUAACUUUAAAACAUCAUUAAAUGGGGAUUUCACUAUAUUUGUUUAAAAAAUACAUCAUGUCUAUGCAGAUAAAACUAUUUCUUGACCAUCUUAGCCUUACAAAAUAUUACUAUUCCCCUUUUUUUCAAUACUGAAGUUGUAAGAAAUCAUCUUUUCAGGUUCAGUUUUUGAAGCUUUUGAAGGAAUUGAGAUACUUCUGGUCAAUUUGGUUCUGGAGCUCUUCAGGGAUACAGUGAGAGAAUUUGUAAUUUUCUUUAAUCCACUUUCCUCCUUCAGUGUUCUCAAUGGCCACAGCUGCUACAC